CUUUUUCUGUAGCUGAUUUGAGCUUUUCUUCAUUUCCAUUUUCUGCUAUAUCUUUCUCUGUCUUCUCACUUUCUUCCUUUUAACUCUCUCUGCUCACAUCCAUUCUUCUUUUCCUCAUUCACAUUAAAAUCAUCAUUUCUGUGUCAUAAAGGUGGAGAGGGAUAUACACACACAGAAAAAAGGAAGAGAUUUUGGGCAAGUAAAAGAAGAAACUAAGAAAUUGUAAGAAGGGAGAUUUGGGUUUUGAAGAAUGAGUGCGUCUAGGUUCAUAAAGUGUGUCACCGUUGGCGACGGAGCUGUGGGUAAAACUUGUCUUCUCAUUUCCUAUACCAGCAACACUUUUCCCACUGAUUACGUCCCAACUGUAUUCGACAAUUUUAGUGCAAAUGUGGUUGUCGAUGGGAGCACUGUCAAUCUGGGGCUGUGGGAUACUGCAGGUCAGGAGGAUUACAAUAGAUUAAGACCAUUGAGCUAUCGUGGGGCAGAUGUAUUUAUACUGGCAUUUUCUCUCAUUAGCAAAGCGAGCUAUGAAAAUGUCUCCAAAAAGUGGAUUCCUGAAUUGAGGCAUUAUGCUCCUGGAGUUCCAAUUAUUCUUGUUGGAACAAAGCUAGAUCUCCGAGAGGAUAAGCAAUUCUUCCUGGACCAUCCAGGUGCUGUUCCACUUACCACAGCUCAGGGUGAGGAGCUGAGAAAGUCGAUUGGUGCUUCCGCUUACAUUGAAUGUAGUGCAAAAACACAACAGAAUGUGAAGGCUGUUUUUGAUGCCGCCAUUAAGGUGGUUCUACAACCACCCAAACAAAAGAAGAAAAAGAAGAGAAAGGGUCAAAAAGCCUGCUCUAUCUUGUGAUUGCUGAAAUAAUAGACAAGCGAUGGAGAUGUAGAUUGUUAUCAAUGUCUUCCAAGUUCAAAGAAUGCAGUGUAAGAUUCAACGUUGGUAGUCCUGACUGACUAUGAUAGGAAAGCAUGAAUCUGCCUUGUCCGUAACAUUGUAGGCCAAGAUGUAUAUUUGUGAUCCGCAUAUGGUUGGGGAUACAGAUGUGCAAAAUUCUCUGUUACGCGUUGAUUCUGUGUAAUAUAUUAUGUAACACUUGUGUGAUGAUUCCUUGAAUUUGCAUCUACUAUGUGUUGUUAAAAUGUAACCGAACAUACUGAUUUAGAUUGUCCAAGAAGUUGAAUUUGCUAUGUCAUUGUUUUGAUUUUUGAAACAUAAAGAUAGUGGCGUGAAUACUCGUUGCACAUA